AUGAAGAUCAUCGUAGGACUGGGCAAUCCGGGUGAACGAUACCAGCAUACCCGGCACAACGUGGGAUUCCGCUGUAUUGACCUGCUGGCUCGACACUGGGGUAUCAAUUUAAAGGAGCGGCGGGCCAAGGCCGUUUUAGGACGGGGCCGCCACCUGGACCGGGAUGUCGUUCUGGCCAAGCCCCGCACUUUUAUGAAUAACAGCGGUGAAGGCGUGGCCUACUUGAUGACCCGUUUCGGAGUAAAGCCUUCUGACAUUGUGGUGAUUUACGACGAAAUGGAUUUACCGCUGGGGAGAAUGAGGAUAAGACCUGGGGGAAGUCCGGCGGGACAUAACGGCAUACGUUCUAUCAUUUCCGAGUUACGAACCCAAGAGUUCCCACGCAUUCGGGUAGGAAUCGGACACCCGGGUUUGCAGGGCGGUCAGGUUUCCCACGUGUUGAACCGGUUCAGUGAGGAAGAGGCGCCGGAAAUCUCCGGGGUGGUCAAACGGGUGGCCGAGGCAGUGGACUGCCUCCUGGAAGAGAACAUUACGGUGGCGAUGAACCGCUUCAACUGA